AUGAGCUCAGUUCAGCAUCUGAGAGGUUUGAUCAGCGAGCGACUCACUGCUGCUGCUGAAGAAAUAUUCACAGAGUUUGAGAAAAGCAUCGUCCAGUACGAGGAGGAGAUGGAUGGUCAGCGCAGACUGCUGGAUACCAGCUGGAAACCACCCAGAAGCUCCCACACUACAGACUUUGCAGAGGAGGAGGUUCUCGCUGAGCAGCAGAUGUGUAACCAGGACAGGAAGUCCAGGUUGGACCAGGAGGACCCUCGGCCUCCCCGCAUUAAAGAGGAACAGGAGGACCUCUGCACCGUCCUGGACCAGGAGGACCCACAGCUUCCUCUGAUGAAAGAGGAGCAGGAGGAACUGAGCAUCGGUCUGGAUGGACAGCAGCUGGAGCCGGACCAGGAGACGUACACCUUCAUGCUCUUACAGUGCAAGUCCAAAUGUGAACAAUUAGCUGGAGAACUGUUCAGAAUCUUUGAAAAAACGAUGGCUCGGUACGAGGAAGAGCUCGAUCGUCAGCGCAGACUGCUGGAAGUCGUCUGGAAACCUGAGAUGCCGUCACACACACCAGACCUCCCACAGGAACGUGUCUGCAUGGAGGAGGAGCUUCUCGCUGAGCAGAGGAGCUCCAGUCUGGACCAGGAGGACCCACCUCCACAGAUGAAAGAGGAGCAGGAGGAGCAGUGCAGCAGUCAGGAGGGAGAGCAGCUGGGACUGAAGCAGGAGGCUGAUACGUUCAUAGUGACUACUGUUGAUGAAGAAAGUGACCAGAGUGAAGCAGACUCCAACAGGGAGCAGCUCCUCUCUCACAGCUCUGCUGUGGCUCAGAGUCCAGAUCAGGAAGGACGGAAGCAUGUAGACUCAGAAUCAAGCAGAAGUUCAGAGCUGAAGCCAAACAAGAGACGUGACAGAACCAGCAGCCACAGAGACACUGUGGACAGCUGUCCCAUGUCGGAGGGCCGCGGUGACGGCGGGACAAAGACUUUAACGUGUGACUUUUGUGGAAAAGCCUUUAAGCAUAAGUCCAAUCUGAAGAUACACCAGAGGAUCCACACGGGCGAGAAGCCGUUCACUUGUGAGACAUGCGGGAAAAGUUUCAGCCAAAGUAAUCAUUUGAUCGUUCACAUGAGAAUCCACACGGCUGAGAAACCAUACUCAUGUAGCACCUGUGGUAAGCGAUUUCCUGACCCCUCAGCGUUUAAACGGCACACGGCCAUCCACACAGGUGAGAAGCUGUACACCUGCAGCACCUGUGAGGUGAGUUUCAGCUACAGCCAGUCCCUGAAAGUCCACAUGAGAACGCACACGGGUGAGAUGCCCUACCUUUGUAACAUCUGUGGGAAAAGAUUUAGUCACCUUUCAGCUUUCAAAGCACAUACGGCAGCUCACACGGGGGAGAAGCUGCAUUCUUGCUCCACGUGUGGGAAGAGUUUCAGCCAGAGUGGGGACCUGAAAGUCCACGUGAGGAUCCACACGGGCGACAAGCCGUACGCUUGUGACACCUGCGGAAAAAGAUUCUCUUCCACAUCAGCACUGAAAAGGCACACGGCAACCCACACAGGAGUGAAGCUGUAUUCUUGUGAAACAUGCGGGAAGAGCUUCAGUCAGAGUGGUAAUUUAAAAGUCCAUCGGAGAAUUCACGCAGCUGAGAAGCUGCUGUCCUGAAACAUCUGUUGGAAAAGUAGUCUGGUAGCUUGAAACAUGUUCAGUGCUCUUUAAAAGUUGAAGGUUUGGCCCUUGUGUUGCUUUUCAGUGUUAAAUCAUGGUCUGUUUAAUCUGACUUCUGCAAAAUAAUGUCAGUUAAUAAAAAACUAAAGUCAAA